AUGAACAAUAGUUCUGUUACCAAUCCUGAAGUAAGGCCUAACUAUUGUAUAGAUAUUCUGGAAUGCCUUUUAAACGGUAAAUGGAAAAAGAAGUCGUGGGUUACGCUACAAGAUGAGGAAGAUCGUGUCAAAAAAGACAUGGCUCUGCGCGAGUUUCGAGGGGCACCAGUCAAGUUAUCCCGAGAUGAUGGGCGCUGCGGGCCAGAAAAUAUCAUCAAGACUUCACCAGUAUUCGGCCCGGCGAUACCUGCGGUUUGUGAGCCAAACAGUCCAGCUCCUUGUUGCAACGAGAUGACCGGAAUGUGUGGUAUAGGGGAGGCGAAUUGUACUUGUGAAUCAUGUACUGAUUUCCGCAAAGUUAUCUCGGCCGAGUUGUACGACUGGGUUCCGCAGAAUGAGACAUGUAAACUGAAAAACUACACAAGGGAGGAAGCUUGCAGAGUGGUGUCGGAAAGGUUAGAUAGCCUAGUUUUGAUCGGCGACUCUCUCAUGCGGCAUUUCAGCAAUUCCCUGCUCACUCUUUUUACCAAUGACCCUGAAAGUGGAGCUCUUCGAAAUGGAUCGGAGGUGUGUCAUGGAGAGCGGCAAUUUGUCGAUAGCGGGCGAUUCUGCCAAGGUGUUCCCUAUUUCCAGUACAAAUAUAAUGCUUCAUACAACCUUGAGUAUCGACAUGGUCCAGUGGAGCUGGUCAACAAAAGCAUUCUGUCCAACAGUCGAACGGCAUUUUUUGUCGACGUUGGCCUUCAAGAUGGCCUAGUGACUAAACAAUAUCAAGAUAGCUAUAUUGAACCAGUGUUGAAUUUGAUCGGUGAUCGCGAAUGGCCAAAGUUUAUUUGGGUGACGACACAUAGCCCAAGCUUUAUUAAGCCAGUGGCUUACCGGAGCUGGCAAGGGAAGAAGAAAAUAAUAACCUAUAACGCCGCUAUGAAGGAAUAUUUCAAAGCAAAAAGGAUACCAGUGUUUGAUGUUUUUCCUAUGACGGAGGGAGUUAAUAGUUAUGACGGAACGCAUUACGGAGCAGGGUUGAAUAUGAUGAAAUCACAAAUGCUGAUCAACUACAUUGAACGAACUUUUAACCGUAAGAACGUAUCAUAAUAAGGACUAACAGUACAAGAUUCCAAAGAGCCGCCUUGCACAUACUAUGCUCUAAGUUCUUUGAGUUUUUAUCUAGCGCACCCAUCCCCCCCCCAAAAAAAAAUAAAUAAAUAAAUAAAUAAAAUAAAAAUAAAAAUGCGCUGGACUCGAGCAUCGAGUUCUCUAUUGAAAAAAACAUGUUAUUAAUAUGAGGUAAUAAGGUAUGAUGUUAAGUUAGGGAACGAAACCUUGGAAAAUAUUUCUUUGUAAUAGAAAUCUUAAUUGCUUUGAUGUGAAAAUAGUCAAUUUUCCUGACGGCUUGUUAGAAAACUGUCAAAAGUUACCUUUUGAAAAAAAAAAAAAGAUCGUCUUUUAUAAGGACGUCUCUACCUUCCUGGGGAACCGUUUAAAUUUGUUCACCAAAAUUCUCGUGCUAAGCACUCGCUGAUUUUUGUUAAUUUUUCGUGCCCUAAAUCCCAUAGAACACUCGCCUCCAUUAUCUAACCCUUACUUAGGCAUGGGUAGAGAAAAAAACUGGUGGUAGAGUAGCAAGCAUUAGUUUAAAUUUAAAUAUAAGUUAAGUUUAAAUGCAUGGAAACUCAAAUGAAAACCAGAGGUUCUUAUAAAAUUGAAAAAAGAGUGUACUUGAAUAUCUGACAAUCUCAUUAAUAACCAUUAUCUUUAUCCAUAUUUCGCCUUCAGGGAUACUAGGACAAAAGUCUGACAGGAUGAUACGUAAAUUGUUUAUCUUUUUGAUAUUUCUGGCCAUCACUUCUCCCCUAAUACUUCUAAAUCUAAAUGGUAAAAUGAACAAUAGUUCUGUUAUCAAUCCUGAAGUAAGGCCUGACUAUUGUACAGUGGAACCUGGAUUUUACGAUAACCUCGAUUUUACGAUGACGUUCCUUUCUCCCGGCGGAAAUACAGUGAAAUGUAUAAGAAAUUGACUCGAUCUUACGAUAUUGAAUACAACGAUAUUCUCGAUUUUACGAGACAAAUCUGUUCUCCCCAGCGUAAUUUUGACCUCGAUACGACGAUGUUACUGAUUCUGUCUAUCAACAAAGAGAGAGAAAAAACUCAAGACACAACGCACGUCCAGUACAGUUAACGAUUUUUUGACUUGACAGAUCUUAUUAAAUGCAGAUUUACGGUCUUACAGAGAGUAAUUGUACAGUCUUACACAGAGUAGAGUUACCAUAUUAUUAUUUUGUAAAAGUUGAUAAUCAAUCCGACCUCGCUACAACAAUAUUUUCAAUGGAUUUCCUUGAUAUCGUAAAAUCGAGGACCUCUUUGCAACGAUACCUCGAUUUUACGAUACAUUUAUUUUCUCCCGAGGCAUAUCGUAAAAUCCAGGUUCCACUGUAUAGAUAUUCUGGAAUGCCUUUUAAACGAUAAAAAAAGGAGUCGUAGGUUACGCUACGCUCUAGCGCACCCAUCCCACCCCCCCCCC